AUGGCACCAAGCACAGAGCCUUUUGAUCUGGUCAACUUUUGGUUCUCGUUGACCUGGUCAUUGAUAUGGAAAAUUCUAGUGACGAUUCUGGUGUUCAAGAACUUCAAAAACUUCCCCUUCGCAUGGCAUAUUCGUCUUCUUCGUGGAUAUCGCUGGCUGUUGCGUUCAAAUCGAUCAAAGGAUGGCCCUUCACCGGCCCAGCUCUUCCAGCCUCUGAUUCUGUCUUCGGGAAAUGCCCUCUGCGAGUUGGACUACAAUGGCCAUAAAUCCAACAGCACAUAUUUUGCCGAUCUUGACAUCGCUCGCGCCCAUCUCAUGUGUACUCUCUUUUCGAGCGGCGUGGACUAUGCUCGAAACGCACGCCGCAGAACUGGAAUUCUCGGCGUAUCCGACGACCUAAUCGGUUUAGCCCUGGGCGCAGUCAGCUGCACCUUUCGCAAGGAAGUGAAGCCCUUCCAAAGCUACGAGAUAUGGACACGAGUUCUCUCCUGGGACGAAAAAUGGAUAUACACCGUCACCCACUUUGUGCGAAAGGAUACUGUUCGACCACGUAGCUUUACGCUUCUACCGCAGGCCUACAGUUCUCGACAGGGAAAACUCAACGAUCUUGCCAGAAAGGAAGACGCUAUAUUCGCCUCUGCUCUGAGCAAGUGUGUGUGGAAGAAGGGACGUCGGACUGUUUCUCCUGAGAUUAUGCUUCAAGUCUCUGGUCUACUGCCCCCACGACCUGGCCAGGAGGAUUUUGUGGCUAGUCUUCGUGAUGAGCCACUAGAAAAGCUCACUGUCACCAAGCAGUUCGAAGAGUACUACGAUCUCCCUUUCAAAUUAGUUGCCAAAAUUGAAGAUCUCUGGGACAUCCUCAGGGCUCAGCUUUCCAUGGAAGCCGAGGAUGUGGCUGAAGAGGGCCGAAUCCGCAGCGCAAAGCAGCCUCACCCCAUCCGACACAACCAGCAGCAACAACAACCCAGAGAGGAGUGGACAUGGGAGAAAGUGGAGCAGGAACGUCGACGGGGUAUGGAGAUUGCCAGGAGUCUGGCUGAAAUGGACCGGUUGCAUGGCGAGUUCACCGCUGAUACUGAUGCGUUGGCUAUGCGCCGGGAUCUGUGGUAG